AUGGUGAUGCUGAGAAGGUUACCGCUGCCGAGCCUGCGCGACGAGGUGUCGGCGGGCGAGGCGGACAAAUGGCGGCAGAAGCGGAACAACAGUUUCGACCAGAACCGACAGCUGGAGGAGAUAACUAAGGAGAGGGACGCCUUGCAGCGCGUGGCAUCGUCUCUGCAGCGCGCGGUCGGCCAGCUGGUGGCGUACUGCGCCAGCGCGGAGGACGAGCUCAACCGCACGGUGCUGGGCCAGCUGUUGGCCACCUUGCUGCCGCAGGAGCAGUCUAUCCUGGAGGGGUCGCGGGCGUCGUCUCCGAACCGUAGCGCGGCGCCGGAGCGGCGCGUGCACUUCGCGCCCGAGCUGGACGGCAUCCUGGCCGCGCUGGACGAGGAGGGCGCCGCCGGCUUCCUGCGCCACCAGCGGGACCUCAGCGCCGACAUCAAGCGCGAGCUGGAGCUCUCGCUGCUGCGGCUCAGGCACGAGGCGCACGAGCUGCUCGACCUCUCCGAGCGGCUGGCCGCCAAAGGAAGCCCACAAAACAAGAUGCUGGAGUCUAGUCAGGUUGAAAUCACGGAGCUGGUGGAGGACCUGGACGCGAGGCGCAAGUCCUGUGACAACUGCGAAUUGCACAAGAAGACGAUGGAGGAGGCGAUGUCGGAAUGCCUGCAGCGCGAGAGCCUCCUGCGCUCGGACCUGGAGGCGGCCAUGGUGAAGAUCGCCCAGCUCAUGACCGACAGGGCCAACUGCUCGGACGUCAUCGCCGAGGGGUACGGCACGUGCGUGGCGGCGGAGGGCAGACGGGCCGGCGCCAGCCGCUCGCUGGACGACGCCUCGCCCAGGUCGCAGCUGGCCGCGCUGGCGCGGGACCUGGAGCUGCUGCAGCGCGAGCGCGACGACCUGCACCAGCAGCUGGAGGCGGCCAACCGGCAGCUGCGCUCGACGCGCCUCUUCGUGGAGGAGCAGGCGGCCGAGCGCGAGCACGAGCGCGACGAGUUCGCGCGGAGGCUGCUCGAGCUGCGCGACGACAACGCACGGCUGGCGGCGCGGCUGCACGCCAACGCGCGCAUCCUGGCCGAGGUGGAACAGUUGGAGACGCAGACGCGGGAAAUGAACCAAAUGAUUGCGGACCUGGAGGCGCGCAAGUCCUCCGCCGACGAGGAGCUCAAGUCUUCGGAGGAGAAGGUGGCUCUCUUGAGGGACAUCAUCGCCAAUCUGGAGGGCCAGCUGGAGCAGAAGACGAAACGGGAGGCGGACAUACUGGAACAGCUGGAGGGCAUGAAAAGGACGAUAGACGAGAGAGACGACAAGAUGCGAGCGGUGCUCGGCGAGUUGGAGUCGCUGAGGAGCGAGAGGGCGGACCAGAGCGAGGUCCCGUGCGAGACCUGCGCGCGGGGGGAGGACCGAUAUGCGGACCUGUUGCAGAGGGUCGAUGAACAGUGCCGCUGGCUGGAGGGCGAGGUGCGGGCGCGCACGCGGCUGGUGCAGCGCGCGCACGAGCACGCCGAGGCGGGCGCGCUGCGGGCCGACCGCAGCGAGGACGUGUCGCUGGCCGACCACGAGGUGGCCGCGCGGCCGGUGCGCGGCGAGUGGGUGUGCGCGGCGGCGAGGCUGCGCGACGCCGUGCGCGCGCUCGCCCGCGCGGAGGACGCCGCGCUCAAGCGCAUCGCCGACCUGCGCAUGCAGCGCGACCAGCUGCACCGCGCGGCGGAAGCACUCUCGGGGAACAAGCGGGAGUGGCGUGAUUGUUCCCGAAGAGUAGGGUUCCAUAUAGGUGUGGUAGUGCCCUCGCCCCUUGGCUACGCUGGGGAGCCAGGAGGACCCUCGGCGGGGCGGAGCCGGCCCGUGCACGGAGCCCGCCGCACUUUGCCCGCAUCAGGGUUGGCGCGCUGCCUUUCGAAAUUUUAUGUUUCGCAUCACAUGCACACUCUGCUCGCGCGAUGCCUCAUCCGUACAGCUGUGCUUAGCGCAUCGCGGUGGCGGAGCGCGCUCGCCCCCUCGGCCGCAGUCUCUCCCGAUGCUCCGGAGCGUGUUCUGCUGCCGCAAGGUCUCUGCCCACCCCACUCCGUUUCGCGUAACCACAUCGCACCAUCGCCAUGUCAUUUC